AUGACGCUUAAAGAAAUCAACGGAGAAAGCGCGCCAGGCCUUCGCAUCUUAAUUGUCGGAGCUGGUAUUGGUGGGUUGACCGCAGCAAUUGCUCUACGUCAGCAAGGACACUAUGUACAGCAGAACUAUAUAGAGCCCGGUGAACUAACGUCAUCCAAGCUAUUCGAGCGAUCACGGUUCGCCAACGAAAUCGGCGCUGCCAUUCACUUGUCGCCGAACGCUAACGGCGUCCUGAAACGACUUGGAAUUGAUGUGACCAAGUUUGGAGCCGUUGAGGCUGAAUGGUUGCGCGAAUACACACCUACGGGAGAGCCUGUGCAUAGCACCCAAGUCAAAGAGCAUGCGGACAUGUGGAGACACCGUUGGCUACUAGUCCAUCGAGCUCACUUCCAUGAAGGACUCAAGGCAGCCGCCCAAGCCCCCGGCCGUGGUCAUCCUGCUUCUCUGCACACCGCGAGCAAGGUUGUUGAUGUUGAUCCCCACAAUGCGACAGUGAGCCUGGAAAAUGGCGAGGUGAUCGAGGGCGAUGUUGUUAUUGGAGCGGAUGGCGUUCACUCGUUGACGCGAACCAAGCUCAGCCAAGACAUUCAGCCGUUUAGUUCGGGCAAGAAUGCGUUCCGUUUCCUUAUCACCCGGAAGCAGGCUCUUGACGAUCCGGAGACGAACAGCAUUGCGCGGGACUUUGGAGCUGUCGAUAUGUGGGAUUCUUCAGAUCGCCGAGUGGUUAUCUACCCUUGCUCCAACAACGAACUGCUCAACUUCGUUUGCAUUCAUCCGGACUCGAUGACAACAAUUGAUGCAAGCGGUGACUCUUAUAAUCAGCAGAUUGGUAAAGACACCUUGCUGGAAGUCUUCAAGGACUUCAACCCUCAAGUCCGCAAGCUGCUAGAGAAGGCAGACCCCCAGACCCUGAAGCUAUGGCCGCUGCUGGAUAUGAACACGAUGCCGACAUGGGUAGAGGAUCGACUGGCUGUCCUGGGCGAUGCUGUUCAUCCCUUCCUGCCGUAUCGUGCUUCUGGCGGUGCCAUGGCAAUUGAAGACGCAGUCUCUCUGGCUGUGAUGUUGGGACGUGGUGUUGCUCGUCAAGAUAUUCCUGAAAGACUCACAUUGUACCAGAAGGCUCGCCAUGGGCGCGCAACUCUCAUUCAAGAGAUGACUCGCGAGUCAUCUCAAUUGCUCUCUCCAGAAAAAGCCAUGAGCAUGGUCGGCUAUAUCUACGGCCAUGAUGAGUUUGACCACUCCGCUCAGGUACUGCGCAAGCACCUCUGGUCCAAGAAUCCGCAUAUGUACUGGCGUCAGCCCAUCGUUUUCGGACCUAUGCCUGGCCCUCGACAGGACCACAUGGGCAAUGAUCGGGCUUUGAAAUCGCUGGAGUCUACAUUCAUGACUGCGUCCAUUAAAUUCAAGACCAGCCGAACCCUAUUACAGAACUUAUUCCCAUCCGACCGAUUCAGUUUCAUUUCUCCGAGCACCGUGGCUCGGGCUAGCUUCUCUCAGACCACCCUGAAUGGCAUGGACUGGCUUGGGGGCGGCGGUUACCGACACAUCGGCCUGUAUAUUCACGGAGUGCAAUACAAGAAGGAGAACGGCGAAGUUCUGAAAGGAACCUACAUGCCGAUCUUGUUUGAGAGUCUUGCCGACCCCAUCGUAUCUGGCCGCGAGGAGCUCGGCAUGCCCAAGCUCUACACUGCCAUUGAUAUUCAUGAGCGGAACAGCUCGUACCGCCUCCAGACUAGCUGGCAGGGCGCGGUUUGGGGGCACUUCGAGUUCGAGGAUCUCGAGGAUCAGGACCCGGCAGCCGACAAAGGUACUAUCGGCGGCGAGGAUGACGAUGGCAUCCUGGUGUAUCGUUACAUCCCAAAGGUUGGAAGGUCCACCAAGGGCGAGCCCGAGGCCGAGUAUCCUGUGUUUGUCCCUCACGCCUCCGAGUCCAAGGUGGUGCCGUCCAAGGUAACGAGAUUGCGCCGGACGAAACAUGCAAAGGUUAAUAUUGAUGGGCUUGGAUGGGACGCGUUGCCCACCCUGCACCAUGUGGUGUCUCGCCUGGCCGAGAUCCCCAUUGAUGAGAUCAUCGAUGCAAAGAUCACAGAAGGGCGCGGCGUUCCUGAUGUUUCGAGUGCUAUGCGCAUUGAAUAA